AUGCCUGUCUCCCACUUGACCCUGACGGUCUCAAACCUCCCAACCUCAACAUCAUUUUUCCUAUCUUGUCUCCAGCCACUUGGAUAUCAAUUCAUUGGUCGACAUGAUGAUUAUAUAGGGUUCGGUCAGAAGCAGGGGGAACCUGCAGAUUUCUGGGUCACCGAACGGAAGCCAGGAGGCGCCGCUAGUGCUGUUCAUGUUGCCUUCCCAGCCCCAACCAGGGACGCCGUGGGUUCAUUCUUCAUAUCCGCCUUGAAAGCCGGCGGCAAGAUCCAUGGCGAGCCCAAGUGCCGGGACACUCAAUCGGGAUACUACAGCGCAGCCGUUAUCGACUUUGAUGGAAAUAGCAUCGAAGCAGUGUACCGCUCUGGUGGCUCCGUUGUCGCAUCCGAAGCCGGAGGUCCAACCAUAGCUCUACUAGAGAAUGGAUCAGUCGUCUCCAAGAGCAGCAGAGCUACCUCCGUGAAAUCAGCAAGCAUUGCACCUUCCAGAUCCGAGGUCAGGCCCGAGGCUAGAUCGCGUGCUGCCUCAUCAAAGGCACCCACAACCAUUGAACGCGGAGCACCAUCAGUUGUUUCCCGUCCAUCGCAACCUGCCCCCCAAUACGCGCCCCAGUACACGGUGCAGCCCCCCGUGCAGACCGUUCAAUCCGAUGACGGUAGUAAAGCGGCAAAGACCAUUGUUGGUACUCUCAUCGGUGCCGCAGCAGGCGCGGCAAUCGCUUACGCGAUGGUCAAGGGCGACUCGCAGUCCUCUUCCGAUGUUAAUACCAGCAAUGUGUCUCCGCAAUACACACCGGAGCACCAUCAGCUAAUGGGACCUGGACCUCCAUCUCAAGUCUCACGACAAUCGGAAGACCAAUGGCAGCAGCAGAGGGCCCUGGAAGGUCCACCGCCACGAAGCGUGUACACUUCUGCCUCCGGGCCACGCUCAACGCUAAGUCGCAGCGUAACUUCGAAGAAUCCCCGCGCCAGCACCAUCUACGAGGGUACGGAGUUCUUCGACGAGCACGGCCGGCGAGCAUCAGAUGGAAGCGUCUUCAGUAUCCCCGAAGAUCUUCCCGUCCGAGCAAUCGAGUACCCUGCCUCAAUGAAUGGCUGGCGCGACCAAUACAGUCCCAGCACCUUCAUAAGCAGCUACGCAGCGGACAAACCACGCGCAGGAAGCGUACACUCGACCUCAACAAUCAAAGCCUCCCAAGCAAACACACACAACAGUACCAGUAACAGCCAGCGACGCCACAGUCACGACGACAGAGACAAAUAUUCCAGCCACAGCAACCAUUCGCAUUCAAACAUUUACCGCGCAGCCCCAUCUUCCCACCACUCCACCACGAAAUCCACAACCAAAUCAGUGACCAAAGACAAAGAUGACGCAAUCAGUUCCGCCUCCUCAAAACGCACAGCACGCAAUAUUCCCCUCCCAGCAGGCUCAAACGCAACAUACUACUCUGCCAGCCCAAGUCAACAGGGCGGAAAAUCAUAUAUCUCUGCCCGAGAAGUCCCGCUCCCAGACAGUGUGAUUGACCUCGAUGUGAACUCUAUUGUUACUCCGGAUGAUUCUAUCAGUCAGAUUGGAAGUCAUUCGGGUCGUUCUUCGCAUUCUCAUCGCUCUAAACACUCUAAGGCCUCGAAGCAUUCCUCUAGAUCUAAAUAUGAGGAUGCGGUUAAACCGGCUGAUAGUAUUAGUCAGGUGUCACGAGCAUCGCAACGGACUGUCAAGGCUGAUGGUGGGAGCAAAGCACCCUCAAAGAUGAGUAGUCGACGUGGGAGCGAGGUUGUGUUUUGA